AUGAUGAUGAUGGUGGUGACGGUGAUGAUGAUGAUGAUGAUGGAAAGCCAAGAGCUCGCGGGCUGCUCCGGCGGGCGCCGCGGCCUCACGCGCACCCCGCGCCGCGGAGGAGCGCGGGCACGUCGCCCGCCGGCUGCCCCGGGGUCCCGGGAGCCGGAGGAAGAAAGGACGCGCGGGCCGGGCGCUCUCCCCCGCCCCCCUGCCCGGACUGGGCCGGCCACCCGCCGAGGCUCGGGCGCGCGGGCCCCGCCGCCUGCAGAGGAGUCGCCGCGCGCGCAGACCCCGCGGCGCCCGAGCCCGCUCCGCACCCGCCGGCCGCCCGCGCCGCUCUCCGGGCGCUCCCCGCCGCGCCCGGCCCGCCACGCCCCCGCUGAAACCCGAGCCGUUUCCUGGACGGCGGCGCCCGCGCGGCCAAUCAGCGCCGCGCCGCGGCCGGCCCGACCCCCCGGCGGGGACCCCGCGGGCCCACGGCCUCGCCCCGCCGCCGCCGCCGCCGCCGCCGCGCGCGCGCGCGGCUCCCGGGCAGAGCAGCCGCGGACCCGACGACCGCCCGGACGCCGCGCCGCCCAACCCCCCCCCCCGCCACCCGAGACUGGCGACCCGGCGUCUCCGGACGAGCGGGAGAGGGGCGAAGUCGUGUCCCCAGGAAACUGA